AUGUCCUCCUCACCCACCACCACCACCAAGCGCAGCCUGAAGCCGUCACCCAUCGCCGCAAACCCACACCCUCCACACGCUGCGCCUGCCGAACUGCCUGGUUUACAGUCAGCCGUUUCCUUUACUACACAAGGCGCAGACGCCCACGCAGGCGCACAACCGUCGCUCGCAUCGCCUGCAGGCCGAAAGCGCAAGUCUGUAAGCCUCGCUCAGUCGCAAAAUCAGAUGGCAACCUCGUCAACUAGCGCAGACGCGCCAGCGAGUCAGCCACCACCUCCCCGGAGUACUGAUGUCGACGCUGGCGCGCAAGAACCCAAGGCCAAGAAGAGUCGAACGAAUACGCCUUGGACACCCGCCGAGGAGCUGCGGCUGAAACAGAUGAGAGAAGCUGGGAAUAGUUGGAGCGAGAUCGCAAAGACGUUUCCACAACGAACCGAGGGCAGUGUGAAGAAGCACUGGUACAAGGAUAUGCACUAUGCAGAGUUCGCGGAAGACGAAAGCGCUGCUUUGCUUGCCGCCAUCAAAGAGUACGACGCCAACAAGUGGAAGGUCAUUGGCCAAAAGGUGGGCAAACCAGCAAAGGCCUGCGAGCAGUAUGCAAAGGAAAACUUUGGUGGCAAGUACUAA